AAGAAGUGCGAAGACAUGCAGACAUCCAAUGAGACAGACAUUUGGGUGGAAACCAAGACCAGUGAUGGCAAGAGUUACUACUAUAACGCUAAGACACGAGAGACCACUUGGACUAAGCCGGACAACGCAAAGAUCGUGACUCAGGAACAGUUGGCCACCACUACCACCACCAAUGCUGACGAAGCAAAAGCUGAAGACAUGAACAAUAGUGAGCGUAAGGUUGAGGGCAUAGGAGGAGGAGGGGGUCCGCCGAUGGGCGGCCCUCCUAUGGGUCUCCAACAGCCGCCACUGUUUGCUCCGAAUCCCAGGUUUAUGGGCCCACCUUUCAUGCAUCCCAUGCCUCACACCGUGCCGCCGUUUGGUCCGUUUGGAGUUCCUCCGGGAUUCCCACCCCCGUGGGCACAACAAGUACCUCCUGUUCCUAUGGCUAAUGCAGAUCCACUUAAACAGCAAUUAUUUUUUGACGCG